CUCGACGGGGGAGCGGCUAUAGUCGAUAGUGCCUUCCCUCAUCUCCGGUCCGCGCGAGCAGAGGCGGCGGCUCCACCACGAAGACGAGAUGGAGGCUAGUACUUGCAAACAGGAUGUUCUCCAGAAGAAGAAGAAUGCUGUCUUGGUGGAUGGAGUCAUCCUAAAUGGUCCAAUAACUGAUUCAAAAGCAGGAGAGAAAUUUGUGGAAGAGGCCUGUAAGAUCAUAAUGGAAAAAAUAAUCCAGAAAGCUGAUGAUGUUACAGAAAAGGUUUGUGAAUGGCGGGCCCCUGAAACACUGAAGAAGAUUCUUGAUCUGGAAAUGAGAGACACUGGAGAAUCUCAUCAGAAACUCUUGCAACUCUGCCAGGAUGUGAUACACUACAGCGUCAAAACCAAUCAUCCAAGAUUUUUCAAUCAGCUGUACGCUGGAAUAGAUUAUUACUCAUUAGUGGCACGUUUCAUUACUGAAGCACUGAACCCAAGUGUAUAUACAUAUGAAGUAUCCCCUGUGUUUCUGUUAGUGGAAGAAGCAGUCAUCAAGAAAAUGAUUGAAUUCAUAGGCUGGGAAGAAGGUGAUGGCAUAUUUAAUCCAGGUGGCUCUGUUUCUAAUAUGUAUGCUAUGAACUUAGCGAGAUACAAAUUUUGUCCAGAGAUAAAAGAAAAAGGGCUCUCAGGUUUGCCAAGACUAGUCCUGUUCACUUCGGAAGAGUGUCAUUACUCCAUGAAGAAGGCAGCCUCUUUCCUGGGUAUUGGUACAGAGAAUGUUUACUUCGUCAAAACAGAUGAAAGAGGUAAGAUGAUACCUGAGGAACUGGAGAAACAAGUCCAACGGGCCAGGAAAGAGGGGUCAGCACCAUUUCUUGUCUGUGCUACUGCAGGCACAACAGUACUGGGAGCAUUUGAUCCUCUGGAUAAAAUUGCCGAUAUUUGUGAAAAGCAUGACCUCUGGCUUCAUGUUGACGCUUCUUGGGGUGGCUCAGCUUUGAUAUCGAGAAAGCAUCGCAGACUUCUUCAUGGUAUCCAAAGGGCAGAUUCUGUUGCCUGGAAUCCCCACAAAAUGCUGUUGGCAGGAAUUCAGUGCUGUGCUCUUCUGGUGAAAGACAACUCUGGCCUCCUGAAGAAGUGUUACUCUGCCAAGGCUGCGUACCUGUUCCAGCAGGACAAGUUCUAUGAUGUCAGCUAUGACACUGGUGACAAGUCCAUUCAGUGCAGCAGACGUCCAGAUGCAUUCAAAUUCUGGCUCAUGUGGAAAGCAUUGGGAACCACAGGCCUUGAGGAGAGAGUGAACAGAGCACUGGCUUUGGCUAGAUAUCUUGUGGAAGAAAUUAAGAAAAGAGAAGGAUUUCAGCUUCUUUUGGAGCCGGAGUACGCAAAUGUUUGUUUUUGGUACAUUCCACCAAGCCUAAGAAAAAUGGAGGAUGGACCUGAAUUUUGGCAGAAGCUACGCCGGGUUGCUCCUGUAGUUAAAGAAAGGAUGAUGAAGAAGGGCAGCAUGAUGCUUGGGUACCAGCCUAACCAAGGCAAAGUCAACUUCUUCCGCCAGGUGGUGAUCAGCCCGCAAGUGAGUCGAGAGGACAUGGACUUCUUGCUGGAUGAGAUAGAACUGCUUGCCAAGGACUUGUAGCUGUAGCUCUACAGCACCGAGCACUGCUUGUGUGUGAUAAUUAUGGAGACAGAAUGGCAGCAGUGCUCUGGUGCUAUUUUGUGAAAGGUAGUAAAAAGCUUGACGUAUA